AUGGCGGAAGGAGGUGAGCGAGAGGAGCUGCUCUCGCUGCAGCCUGUCUCCCCAGCCAAGCGGCUGUGCUCAUGGCCCAGCCCGCAGGCUCACCACCCUCGCGGGUCGCCUGGGGCGGCCAGCGGAGGGGUGGGGGGAGUCGGCAGCAGCUGCCUGCCUCCCGGGGCCCGCCCCCACUGGCAGCCGGAGUCCUUGCUGGACUGCGCCGCCAAGACAGUGGCGGAAAGGUGGGCGUACGAGCGGGUGGAGGAGCGCUUCGAGCGGAUCCCGGAGCCCGUGCAGCGCCGCAUCGUCUACUGGUCCUUCCCGCGGAAUGAGCGGGAGAUCUGCAUGUACUCCAGCUUCCAGUACCGGGCCGGCCCCGGCGCCGGCGCGGCUGGAGGCGCCGCGGGGGCUUCACUGGCCGAGGAGGGGCCGCCGCCACCCCCUGGGGCCGCUGCUCCGGCCGGCUCCGCCCCCGGGGCCGCCGCGGCGGGGGCAUACCCCGGGCUGGGCUCAGGGGAUGGCGCAGCCAGCUGCGGUGGAGAGGGACUGCCGUUCCGCCGGGGCAUCCGUCUGCUGGACAGCGGCUCCGUGGAGAACGUGCUGCAAGUCGGCUUCCAUCUGAGUGGCACAGUAACUGAGCCGGCCACUGCUUCUGAACCUACAGUGACUUACAAAGUUGCCAUCAGUUUUGAUCGAUGCAAAAUCACUUCAGUGACAUGUGGCUGUGGGAACAAGGACAUAUUCUACUGCGCUCAUGUGGUAGCACUUUCACUGUACAGGAUCCGUAAACCAGACCUAGUCAAAUUGCGUCUUCCUAUCUCAGAAACCCUUUUCCAGAUGAACAGGGACCAGCUACAAAAGUUUAUCCAAUAUUUAAUCACAGCACACCACACUGAAGUUCUUCCUACUGCACAGAAACUGGCAGAUGAGAUUCUGUCCUCCAACUCAGAAAUCAACCAAGUGAAUGGUGCCCCUGACCCCACAGCUGGGGCUAGCAUUGAUGAUGAGAACUGUUGGCAUUUGGAUGAAGAACAGGUGAAAGAACAAGUGAAGCUCUUUCUCUCCCAGGGGGGUUACUAUGGCUCUGCAAAGCAACUCAACUCAAUGUUUGCCAAGGUUCGAGAGAUGCUGCGGAUGAGAGAUUCCAAUGGAGCCAGGAUGCUGACACUUAUAACUGAGCAGUUUGUGGCCGACCCACGACUUACACUCUGGAGGCAGCAAGGAACAAGCAUGACAGACAAGUGCAGACAGCUCUGGGAUGAACUAGGGGCUUUAUGGGUGUGCAUAAUUUUAAAUCCACACUGCAAACUGGAGGAAAAAUCCUGUUGGCUGCAGCAACUGCAAAAAUGGAGUGACCUGGAUAUCUGUCCCCUAGAGGAUGGGAACUAUGGGUAUGAGCUGCCCAACAUCACCAAUGCACUUCCCCAGAAUGCCAAUCACAGCCCAGAUUCCUUAUCCAGACCAAGACGAACAGUGUUCACCAGAGCCAUUGAGGGCCGUGAAUUACAUUGGCAGGACAGCCACCUACAGCAAAUAAUCAGAAGUGAUUUAUAUAUAGCUCCUGCCUGCCAGCGAGAAAAUGAGAGACUGCUCUUUAAUGCCCAAGGCCAGCCACUGUGGCUUGAGCACGUACCCACAGCCUGUGCUCGGGUUGAUGCCCUGCGUUCCCACGGCUAUCCAAAAGAGGCCCUCAGGCUCACGGUGGCCGUUAUUAAUACUCUGAGGUUGCAGCAGCAGCGGCAGCUGGAAAUCUACAAGCAUCAGAAGAAAGAACUGUUGCAGAGAGGAACCACAACCAUCACAAACCUGGAGGGCUGGGUAGGCCACCCCCUGGAUCCCAUUGGCUGCCUAUUUCUCACUUUGACUGAAGCCUGCCGCCUGAACAAUGAUGGCUAUCUGGAAGUGUCAGAUAUGAAUGAAAGCAGACCCCCCGUGUACCAGCAUGUACCUGUGGCUGCAGGCUUCCCAAACAGCAGUGAGUCCUACCUGUCUUUGGCCCUAGAAGUUGCUCUGAUGGGCAUGGGUCAACAGAGGGUGAUGCCUGAAGGCCUCUAUGCACAGGACAAGGUGUGCCGUAAUGAGGAGCAGCUCCUGAGCCAACUCCAGGAGCUUCAGCUGGAUGAUGAGCUAGUACAAACACUGAAGAAACAAUGCAUCUUACUGCUGGAAGGAGGCCCCUUCAGUGGUCUGGGAGAAGUCAUUCACCGAGAAAGUGUUCCCAUGCAUACAUUUGCCAAGUAUUUGUUUUCAGCUCUGCUGCCUCAUGAUCCAGACCUGUCCUAUAAAUUAGCCUUACGUGCCAUGAGGUUACCUGUUCUAGAAAACUCAGCUACUGCAGGCGACACCUCCCACCCUCACCAUAUGGUGUCUGUGGUGCCCAGCCGUUAUCCUCGCUGGUUUACGCUUGGACACUUGGAAUCACAGCAGUGUGAACUGGCCUCCACCAUGCUGACUGCUGCCAAAGGGGACACUCUGAGGCUCCGAACAAUUCUGGAAACAAUACAGAAGCACAUCCAUUCUUCCUCCCUCAUCUUCAAACUGGCCCAAGAUGCAUUCAAGAUCGCUACUCCCACAGACAGUAGUACGGACAGCACCCUGCUCAACGUGGCCCUGGAGUUGGGGUUACAGGUGAUGCGUAUGACCUUAUCGACCCUUAACUGGCGACGCCGGGAGAUGGUGCGAUGGUUGGUGACCUGUGCUACAGAAGUGGGUGUGCAGGCCCUGGUGAGCAUCUUGCAGAGCUGGUACACACUCUUCACUCCCACCGAGGCUACGAGUAUUGUAGCUGCCACAGCCGUAUCCCACACCACUAUCCUGCGCCUCAGUCUUGAUUAUCCACAGCGGGAGGAACUGGCCAGCUGUGCUCGCACACUAGCACUGCAGUGUGCUAUGAAGGAUCCGCAGAGCUGUGCCCUGUCAGCCCUUACACUCUGUGAGAAGGAUCACAUCGCCUUUGAGGCUGCCUACCAGAUUGCCAUUGAUGCUGCCGCUGGUGGCAUGACCCAUUCACAGCUGUUCACCAUCGCCCGCUACAUGGAGCUCCGUGGCUACCCGCUACGUGCCUUCAAGCUGGCCUCACUGGCCAUGAGCCAUCUUAACCUAGCCUACAACCAGGACACACAUCCAGCCAUCAAUGAUGUGCUUUGGGCCUGUGCCCUCAGCCACUCUCUGGGCAAGAAUGAGCUGGCAGCUCUCAUCCCCCUGGUGGUGAAGAGUGUGCACUGUGCCACAGUGCUUUCAGACAUCCUGCGGCGCUGCACAGUGACUGCACCUGGCCUGGCUGGCAUCCCAGGCCGCCGCAGCUCUGGAAAGCUUAUGUCCACUGACAAAGCGCCACUGCGCCAGCUACUGGAUGCCACCAUCAAUGCCUAUAUCAACACUACACACUCACGCCUGACACACAUCAGCCCCCGCCACUACGGAGAGUUCAUUGAGUUUCUGAGCAAGGCUCGGGAGACCUUCCUGCUGCCCCAGGAUGGCCACCUGCAAUUUGCCCAGUUCAUCGACAACCUCAAACAAAUUUACAAAGGCAAGAAGAAGCUGAUGCUGCUGGUGCGAGAGCGCUUCGGCUGA